AUGGUGUCAAAACAUGCUAAUUAUCAUGUCAGAGAGGUUCAUAGUUUUGAUCUUGAGAAGGAGUUUAAGAGAAUCAGACGCAUAGUUGACAUGUAUCCUUAUAUGGCCAUUGAUACAGAGUAUCCGGGUGUUGUCAUUCCUCUAAAGAAGAAGUACCGCGAAACUACCAAGUCCGAGCGAUAUGCCUCAUUGAAGGAGAACGUUGAUAUUCUGAAAUUGAUCCAGUUAGGCUUGACUUUUUUGGGUGGGAAAGGGAAUCUUCCAAGUUAUAGAAAGAAGUGUAAAGGCUGCAUCUGGCAGUUCACUUUUAGAGAUUUUAAUCUGGAUGAAGAUAGAGUAACCUGGAUUGUGUUUCAUGGUUCUUAUGACUUUGGUUACCUACUGAAGCUUCUAAUGGGUCGACAAACCUUGCCGAAUACUCGGAAAGAUUUCCCACUUCUGAUGCCUGAUACCCAAGAAGACUUUCUUCGUCUAUUGAAGAUAUUUUUCCCUACAGUUUAUGAUGUCGAGCAUUUGCUUCGGUUUUUUCCCAACCUCAAAGGCAAGUUAGUUGAAAUUUCAGAGCGGUUGGGAAUCGUACGAAUUGAGAAUUCCCAUCAAGUUGGUUCGGAUAGUUUUAUUACUACAAUGGCAUUCACAAAGCUGAUGGCAUAUAAGGGCUAA